AUCUGUUUCAAAAAGGCGGUUUUUUUAUUUAAGUUCAUCUUGUUAUGUAGUGUUGUUUUCAAAAUUAAGCUUUUUCAGUUAUAAAUUGAUAAUGUCCCAGAAUAAAGCUGUUCGUACCAUGACAAAGGCAGAGUUUAUUGCCGAAAACCAUGCAAAAUACGCAGUUAAAUAUAACUUCUUACCUCUUAAGCAACUUAAGGGGAAAUUGGAGGAAGAUUGGAGGAAGAUGUAUGGUCCAAACAAGGGUAAACAACGGACCGCCAAACCCUCAAUCGUACCCAAGGUUAAAAUUAUUCCUGUUGAUCCACCGAAAAACGAAGAAAAACCGACUUUAGAAAAGACUCCUGAGGCUCCAGAUAAAAAGAAACAAGCUGGGAACGAGCAAAAUUAUGUUGACCAAAAAAAGAAUAAAAAAGAACGACUUGAGACGACUAUUGAACUUCUUUCUGAUGACAAUAAAAGUGUUGGUUUCAUCGAAUGCAGAGGAAAUGCCACUUUUUUAAAACUCCCUAAUGGUCAAACAGUGCCUUGGUCACAUUCAACGCCAAUUAGAUUGACAAGGAACAACACACAUUUAAAGGAUAUAACGAGGUUGCCCUUUUCGCCCAUCUAACAUCUAUGAUGAAGUAAUAAAAAAAUGAUGAAACGACAUUUGGAAUGUCGUAUCCAAGCCAGUCUCAAAGUUUAUUACUUAAUUAUUUAUAGACUAAUCGAGUUCCUUUAUUGAAGUGUUAAUUAUCCUUUGCUUAAAAGUUGUAAAUGAUCAUAUUAAUAGAAUCUUUAUUCUUCUAAAAAUUAACAAUUAUGGGUAAUGCGCAAUCAUCAUGCGGUGUUCAUCCUGAAGAAAUUAACUCUCUUCGUCAAAAAACUGGGUUAAGUGGUAGUCAAAUUGAACGUCUAUUAUGGAGAUUUAACAGUUUGGAUAAAAAGCAGAAAGGUUACUUGGAAUAUAAAGAUUUAUUAGUUCCAGAAUUAGCAAGCAAUCCAUUUGGAGAAAGAAUUAUUCGACUGUUACUUGAUGAAUCCCAGGAAGAGAGGUUAAACUUUUCAGAAUUUGUCAUCGCACUAGCUAGAUUCUCACCUCAUCGAAAAGAAAGAAUCUCAAUCAAUAAUAAAUCUGCCAAAAUAGGAUUCUUAUUCAACGUUUAUGAUCUCGAUAGGAAGGAAAAGAUUACUCCAGAGAUAAUUAUCGCGAUGUUACAAGCCCUUCAGCCAAAUUUGGAGAGCGAAGAGGAUAAGGCGAAAGAUUAUGUUAAAAAAAUUUUCAAUGAAGUCGAUACCGAUAAAGAUGAUAAUAUCAGUUUCCAAGAGUUUAUGAAUGCGUUGAAAGAUUCCGACAUUGUCCAGCGAAUGAGCUUCAAUUUUUUAAAUUGACUUUCUACUAAUGUCUAAAUACUUUUCAAAAAAUUUGGCACUUCAAGACAUUUCAAAUACAAUAAAUUAACCUUGUUAUUUCCAUUAUUA